AUGGCGGGCGAAGGCCCGGCGCAGGCCCUGCCCUCGCCCGGUGUCCACCCGCCCUUCGCGCCCGCCGUGGGCGGCCUCUCGCAGCUGCAGUCCCCCGGCGGCGGCGUGGCCCUUCCCAGCGCUCCGGCCGAGCGUCGCGGCCCCGCCGACUUCGCGGCCCAGCCCGGCUUCCCCUUCGGGGCGGCGGCGCGACAGCCCCCGACGCACGGCAGCGCGCCCGCCCUCAGCGCCUCGCCCGGCGCCUACCCGCCGCCCCCGCCCGAGUUCCCCCCGCCGCCGCCGCCACCGCGGCCCGCGGCCAGCAAGCUGGGCGCGCUGUCGCUGGGCUCCUUCAGCAAGCCGGCCGGCAAGGACAACGUGUUCGGCCAGAGCUGCCUGGCCGCCCUCUCCACCGCCUGCCAGAACAUGAUCGCCAGUCUGGGCGCCCCCAACCUCAACGUCACCUUCAACAAGAAGAGCCCGGCCGAGGCCAAGCGCAAGCUGAGCCAGGCCGAGCCCGACCCGCCGCCGCCCGCCGCCCCGGACUACUUCCCGGCGGGGCCGACGGCGGGCGGGGGCGCGGGCAAGGCCGCCCCGCUGCUGCCCGCCGAGAGCAGCCUCUCGCCCGGCUUCGCGCUGGAGCCGGCGGCCGGCGGCGAGGGGAAGGCGGGCGGCGGGCGGGGGCGGGGCCGCCGGAAACGGGACAGCGGGCACGUCAGCCCCGGCACCUUCUUCGAGAAGUUCUCGGCCGCGGAGGGCGGCGGGGCGGGCGUCAGCCCGGGGCAACCGGCGCCUCCGGCCGCGGGGGGGCCGCCGGGGGCCGCGGGCGCGGAGCGCGGCGGGGGCACGCCCCACGAUAAGCCGCUGACCUCGCCCUCCUGGGGCAAGGGCGGCGAGCUGCUGCUGGGGGAGCAGCCCGACCUCAUGUCCUCGCUGGACAGCGGCAUCCAGAGCGUGACCAAGUCGGACGGUGGCUCCCCGCACGUGGACUUCGCCGACGAGGUCAGCACCAGCUACGGUAACGAAGACGAGGUGUCCUCCAGCUCCGACAAUGCCGGCCCCAAACCCACGCGCAGCCCGCUGCUGGGAGGCUCGCCCAAGCUGCCCCGCGGGGAGCACGCGCUGCUCAACGGACAGAAGCCCCUGGCCCUCGGCCUCCUCAAUACAUCUACCUCGACCCCCGACAGCUACGGGCUCAGCAGCACGGCGGGUGCGCACCCCGGCACGCCGGGCAUGGAGCAGGUGCGGACCCCCACCAGCACCUCGGCCCAGGACGAGAUCCACCCUCUGGAGAUCCUGCAGGCGCAGAUCCAGCUCCAGCGGCAGCAGUUCAGCAUCUCGGAAGACCAACCCUUGGGGUUGAAGAGCAAAAAGGGGGAGUGUGCGGGGCAGAAUGGGGACAGUGACCUGGGCGGGUGUUGUUCGGAGGGUGUCAAGAACGCUAUGAGCACCAUCGACCUGGACUCCCUGAUGGCGGAGCACAACUCCACCUGGUACCUGCCCGGUGAGAAGGCCCUGAUGGAGGGGCAGGAGGAAGACAAGCCCAUGGCGCCGUGGGAGAAGCCCAAGCCCCAGAAUCCCAGCAAAGAAGCCCACGACCUUCCCCCGAGCAAGACGUCGGCCGCGGCGCAGACUGGCAGCCACUUGCAGUGCCUCUCGGUGCACUGCACGGACGACGUGGGCGAGGCGAAGGGCCGGACUGCGGUGCCGACAUGGAGGUCCCUGCACUCGGACAUCUCCAACAGAUUUGGGACUUUUGUGGCCGCCCUGACUUGAACAAAAGAAAUUAUUUUUUUUCUCUUUUUAAUUUCAAAGGGCCGCUACUGCUAGGUGGACUAUUUUUCUAGGUUGGUACCUGCUUAGUGGCAUAUGGACUGGAAAGGGUUAAUUUAAAGUAAACCUCAACUUUUUUUUAAUCUUCUGCCACAGUAUGUUACCAGUGUUAACCCUUCUGCAGUUAGCACACUUUUGCUUAAGAUUUUCCUGCUAGACCACGUUUUCCCAUUAUUCUGUAAUCUUGGCAUACAUUUAUAGAUGAAGCCUUUUCCUUUUUCAUCUCAGCGUAUGUCCAAGUCACGUAUGUCAUAAUAAGACAAAGAUGCUACUUCUCCUCCUCCUCCUUUUCUUCAUUGCUUUUUUUUUUUUUCUUUUGUUUUGCUUUGCUCGAUGCUUAUUACGAUGGUUAAUCCUGAAGAACAGCAGUUCAGGAAUAAAUGCCGGUUAAAUGAAAUUGUCAUCAUUAUGUUACGUAUUGACACCCAGCUUUUGCCAGUCACAUCCAAACCAAACAAUUAAUGCUCUUUUGAACAUUCAGGCAGCGAUCCUUUCCUCAGAAAACGAAGGUUUGUUAUGAAUAAUGCUCAGCCUGCGCCUCCCUCCCUCAUUUCCUCCCCAUCUCUCUGUGAGGUGAGGACAGGGGUUUGUUUGUUUGCCUUUGUGAAACACAGAUACGGAGCUCUGUCAUGACUGGGCUGGUUCAGGCAUGGCCUGGGAAGGUACACAGAUGAUUCCCUAAAUAGCUCUAACAGGAAGUUUACCUAAUAACGAAUAAUUGUUAUCUCCUCCACCAAACACCCAGGUUGCAGCAGCAUUUUCUUCCUCUGCCUCUCACUUUGAGGAGCAAGGGGUGCACAUGUUCCCAGGCAUGUUGUGUUCCUGGUGGUGUUCCCAGAGCUGUCAUUUUAUUUUAUAACUGCUGGAGAAAAAAACAAUCCCCAAAGGCACUGAGCCCCUUCUGCAUUGCUCGUAGCCUGCAGAGCAGUGUCCUGGCCCAGCAACUGUGCUCUGCUAUGGGGCUGGGUUACUGCAGUGCCCUCUGCUAGGUUGGGUCUGGGCCCAGCAUCCAGCUGGAGUUCCCAAAGCCACUGUGAAGCCGCACGGCAGCACAGCUCCCACUUUUCCCCAUUGUAGCUGAAGGAAGAUGCUGUUGAUCAGAGGUGUGAUGCUCUUGUCUGUAGGAACCACCCUAGCUCCAGUGGCAGCAAUCCCAGCGUGGUCACAGUAAGUGGAUGAUUGGAGACAGCCUGCACCAAGGGCCAUGUGCCCAAGGUCAGCACUUCCUGAUCAGCCAGGACCGGGACACCCCAGGUUAGACCCUUCCAAACUUAGGCUGGGCUCCAUUUUUGCCAUGCAUGUGAAGAACGCUGUUAUUAGAUGAACACAAUAAAAGGAAAACCACG